UAUAGCGUCGAAAACAGCAUGAGUACUUUUGAAGUAGAGACACGCAACACCUCACAAAGCGCAUGUAAAAAACUUAAGCGAAAUGAUGAAGUGAAUGCUGAAAUAAUUAAAAUCGAAAAAAGAAAACUUGAUCUAUUGGAACAGAAAUCAAAACAGAAGAUACAAACUGAUGAUGAGGAUAUGGCUUUCUUUGUGAGUUUGUUGCCACACAUUAAAAAAAUGGAUCCAGGACAAAAACUUCUCUGCAGAAUGGAAAUACAAAUAUCUGUUUACAACUUUGCCUAUAAAAACGGGUGCUCCUCGUCGCAAUACGCAAACUCAUACGUCCAGUCGCCAGCCAUUCUGGAAUCGGAAUCGACGCAAUUUNAUGUACAAUAUAUUUCAGAAGAUAUUCCUUUUUUUCAAGAACAAUGUAUCAAUGACAUUUAA